AUGGUUGUUGGAUCCCUUCAUACCCAGAGGAUCAUCGCGGCUGUUGCUGCGACAGUGAUCGCACUGGCUAGCGGAACAAAUUAUGCCUAUUCAGCAUGGGCUCCUCAAUUCGCAGAGAAGAUGCAUCUGUCCUCGAAAGCGAUCAACUUACUCGGUGUCGCGGGAAACGUUGGGUUAUAUUGCUCAGGAAUUCCAACGGGAAUCUUGACAGAUGCUAAGGGACCGCCAAUCACUUUGAUCAUAGGCACUAUAUCGCUCUUUAUUGGAUACUACCCUAUCUACCUUGCAUAUGAGCAUGGUGCCGGUUACCUCUCACUUCCUCCUUUAUUGUUCUUUGCAUGGCUCACCGGUCUUGGGGGCUCCGCGGCAUUUUCCGGCGCCAUCAAAGCUGCCGCCAGUAACUUCCCAGAACAACGGGGAACAGCCACGGCUUUUCCAGUGGCUGCUUUUGGCCUCAGUGCUUUCUUCUUUUCGACCAUGGCGGGGAUUUUUUUCCACGGCGAUACAGGGUCACUCCUUAUGUUGCUAGCCCUUGGAACCUGUGCUAUGGUUUCCGUUUCUGGGUUUUUCCUUCGAGUCCUUCCUCCUACUCAAAAAUACACUACUAUACCGGACCGCGAAACCGAAGAUAGGCAACAAUUCACCUAUGAGGAGCCCGAAGAAAUAGGUAGGCAAGAUAUAAAUUCCAUACCGUCACCCUCACAAUCAUCAUCAACACAGCCCCUUUUGCACGCCGGGCGCGAGCCAAUAUCCGGUAAUGAAGCAGUAAACGGCCUUGAAGACUCAAGAGUUACUGGUGAGGCUGCAUCCUUGGUGGACGCGCCCAGAUCUUCACCUUAUACCGACGAAGAAACUGGCAGUCAAGUACAGACAUAUCACGAUAAUGAAAACAGCUCACAUUAUUCAGAUAUCAGAGGGCUGGCUCUUAUUAGGAGGCGAGAAUUUUGGCAACUAUUCCUCAUGAUGGGAUUGUUGUCAGGUAUAGGACUGAUGACAAUCAACAAUAUCGGAAACACCACAAAAGCCCUGUGGCGCUACUACGACGACAGCGCCGACGCUAAAUUCAUCCAGCGCCAUCAAGUUCUACACGUAUCGAUCUUGUCUCUGUGCAGCUUUCUUGGCAGAUUGUUGAGUGGUGUUGGAUCAGACCUCCUCGUCACAAAACUCAACAUGUCUCGUUUCUGGUGUGUGUUGCUAUCGGCCGUCGUCUUCACCUUGACCCAACUCGCGGGCACCACGAUAAACAACCCAAACCAACUCUACAUCAUAUCUGCAUUCACUGGACUCGCGUACGGCUUUUUAUUCGGCGUUUUCCCGUCUCUCGUUGCGCAUAAGUUCGGUAUAUCUGGAAUGAGCCAGAACUGGGGUGUGAUGACUCUUGCCCCCGUUUUCAGUGGAAACGUCUUCAACCUCCUCUACGGAACUAUCUACGACCAUCACAGCAUCAUCGAAGAAAAUGGUCAAAGAGACUGCACUGAAGGAUUGCAGUGCUAUCGUACUGCUUACACGCUGACAUUUUUUAGCGGACUGGCAGGAAUUGGGGUUUCUCUGUAUAGUAUUUGGUUGGAAAGAAACGUUCACGGUAAAGACAGAGGGGCAAAGAUUGAAGAUCACGAUAGAACUGCUUAA